AUGAAUCUGCCGCUGCUCUUCGUACUGUGCUUAGUCGCCAAUUCUUCCGCAGCCCAUCUCGAGGAUCCCCACUUUCCAGGCUAUGGUUUUCACUGGUAUGAUCCAGUUUGUGGCUACGCUUGUUACAAUGCGCUCUCAAGCGCGACACUUUCAUGUUCGCCCGAGGGUAGUUCGUCAGUAGCUUGUCAAGCCAAAGACCCUGCCUUCUUGAAGAGUUUGGCAUAUUGCAUGAACUCCGCUUGCGACAACGACGAAGUACCAACAUGGAAGAGAGAGAAAUUUUGGGCUGCAACCUUCAUGGUCAUGAAAGAAGACGAAGUUAUGCACGGCAUGACAAUGGGAGAAACGUCCGGCCUACCUAGUUGGGGAUAUACCGACGCCCUCUCGGAGGUUUCCGAGGAGCCUGUGUUAGUGUUCAACUCUCGCUCAGGAAAUAUUUUCAACCAGACCAUGCUGGUUAGUAAGGCCGAUUACGAGAAACAACGCAAAUUCAUGGUUAUGUUUGACUACCUGGAAGUUUUGCAGGCGAGAUACAUCUUUGUGAUUUUGACAGUUGCGCUCGGAACUCCUAUACUCCUUACGCUUCUUCCUAAACUACCUAUAAUAGAGGUGCUCGUCGACAGAAUCAACCCUUAUCUGGUGUAUCCUUCGACUUUUGGCACCUAUAACGUUCGCCCGCUUCCUUGGGGCCUAGGAAGUGUCCCAACUGUUGGGCAGGCGCUCUAUAUCGUCAUGCUCUUCGGUCUCAAUAUCGUCUUGUGCUCCGUCAACUACUCGAACUCACAGCCCCAUCCUUGGUACUUUACACGCAAAGAAGAGACCCUCGCAUAUAUCGGCUAUCGAACAGGACAUGUUGCUUAUGCUCUUCUGCCCCUUCUUAUCCUAUUCUCUUCGCGUAACAACGUUUUGCUCUGGAUUACGAGCUGGUCUUAUUCGACGUAUCUUUUGAUGCACCGUUGGGUAGCCCGAAUCUUUGCAGUCCAAGCUAUCGUUCAUAGUAUUACAUUGUUGGUAGCCUACAAAGGCUCCGGUGGCUAUGAGACCGACUCCAAGGAGCCGUACUGGCUGUGGGGAAUUGCAGCAACAGUGCUCACCUGUGCGAUGCUCGUUUUCAGUCACCUAUACUUUAGAAGGCUAUCGUAUGAGUUUUUUCUCGUGUUACAUAUUCUCCUUGCUGUGUUUGUUAUUGUCGGGUGCUGGUACCAUGUUGUGCUUAAAUGGGGGUUCAAUUUCUACGAUAACUGGCUGUAUGCUGCUUGCGCAGUAUGGUUCUUUGACCGCAUACUUCGCCUGUUCCGUGUAGCCAGGAACGGCGUGCGUCGAGCCGUUGUCACAGAAUUAGGCUCAACCCAUGUGCGUGUCGACAUACAAGGUCUAAGAUGGGCCGGCAAACCAGGUCAUAUAGCGUUUGCUUAUUUCCCUGGUCUUAAUCCUCUACGACCAUGGGAAAACCAUCCAUUCUCUAUUAAUUCGACGUCACUGUUCCGAAGUUACAAGUCCUCGCUUGCAUCCGCAUCUUUGUCGCUCGGACAGUCAUCGAACGACGUCAAUCAUGAGGAGAAAUGGUCGGGAGAGCGAGUGCAAACUAUCGCCAGGCAAGAUGGGGGCGAAGCUGUGGGCACAACCGGUGUCACAUUGAUCAUUAAGAAGAGUAGCGGCCUAACGAGGUUGUUACGUUCGCAUGCUCGGUUGCUGACUUUGCUAGAUGGUCCAUACCCGCAAAAUCAGUGUUCCGAGAUAUUGACAUGCGAUCAUGUUUUAUUGAUUGGUGGCGGAAUCGGGAUCAUGGGUCUAGUUGCCUGGACUCGGGCACAUCCUAAUAUUAAAUUGUCGUGGAGCAUCAAAUCGACCUCUCAAGCGCUUGUUGAAGAGAUGGAUGUUGUCUUGCGGGAGGUGGCAGAUAAGGAAGUAGUGGUUGGGAACCGGCUGAACAUAGCCGAGUUAUUGAGAGUCGAAGCUGAGUCUGGAUACGGGAAAGUUGGUAUUGUUGUUUGUGGCCCGGGAGGAAUGUGUGACGAUGUUAGAGCUAGAGUCGCAGCGUUAGGAAGAGUUGGAGGGACAGUCUUCAAGUUAGAAGUGGACGCGUUUUCGUGGUGA